AUGGACCAGACGGUGAAUCUAGAAAUGGCCGAAGAUGCCCACUCCGCGCACCUAUGCCUUGCUCAUCCCACGCAGGAAGAGUUGAUAUCAAUAUGGAACCAUACAGCCGCCAGCUGGAUAGACUCUCUGUCGAUUUCAGCUUAUCUUGAGGAGUCACAGCAUAUGGCCACAGCACCCUUAGCGCGGGAUGGCGGCAUGACCAAUUGGAUCCUUGUUGAUGGGAGACUUCCUCCAGGAAAGAGGGCGAUACUGAGCUCAUGCGAAAGUUUCCGCAAACGCGCCUUAACCAGCGACCAGGACGGCAACGUCACAGCCACUAUUAUUCACGGUAUCGCAAGUGUAUUCUGUUUUCCUGAACAUAGGGGUCGAAGUUAUACCAAGCGCUUGAUGCAGGAGCUAGCCAAAGAACUUCCGAAAUGGCAGAUCGAUGACACGUCGUGCAUAGGAAGCAUCUUGUAUUCGGACAUUGGUAAAGAGUACUACGCAAAGUUAGGGUGGAAACCCAACGAGAGCAAUACCCAAAUCGUGCUCCCAGCUUUGAAGAGCGAUGGAUCGAAUAACGUUACAAAAUUAGUGGAAGCGGACCUCCCAACGUUGUGCGCAAAGGACGAGGCACAGCUUCGAAAGAGCAUGGCAAUCCCAACGAAAGACGCUACCAAACGUGUGUCUAUCAUCUCAGACGUCGAUCACAUGGGCUGGCACUUUGCAAAGGAAGAGAUCGCGUGCAGACAUAUCUUCGAUACGGUGCCUGAAACCAAAGGAGCGCUAGCUGGACCGCCUGGUAACCAGACAUGGGUAACCUGGCAGCAUAGGUACUACAAGCAUCCCGAUCUCGAAGCGACCAAUAACGUCCUGUACAUACUACGUCUUGUCGUCGAAGCAGACGAAACUGCCAGUCGCUUGCCUUCACACGCGGAGAAAAUGCCUGGUCGCGAUUUAUAUGAGCAACAAAAGAGCCAGCUCAAGGCUGUACUGCACGCUGCGCAAAAUGAGGCUUUUGAGUGGAAACUUGAUAGUGUUCACAUCUGGGACCCAACCCCGUUAGUACAGCGCAUGCUGAAAGAGAUGGACAUCCCAUACAAUACAGCUGAGCGCACGGUGGAGAGUGUUGCAAGUGGAAUGUGGUAUGAUGGAAAUGAUGGGAUUUCUACGUCGCCUCCUCUCUGGCUGAACAACGAGCACUAUGCUUGGUGCUGA